UCUGUCUGAGCAUGUGCUGCUGGUGCCGCUGCUGCUGCAGUGAAGUAAAAUGUGUCAAUUUUCAUCGGACAGUAGAGACACCGUGGAGGAGAAGCCGGGGACAGCAGAUGAGCGGUUGGAAGCGGACACCGAGUCAACCAGGACAAUCUCGCCGGGGGAGAUGCAUUUGAUCGUCCGGCUUGUGUGCUGAGGGACACCGCAGAGCUCAGCCGAAAGAUCCUUGUUUUUUUGCUACAGUAAAGUCUGUGUGAAGGCGAGAGGAGGAAGGAUGGUGACAUUGGAAACCCCAGAGGCUCCCGUUCCUCUGACAGCGCUGUCACGCUGGUACCUGUACGCCAUCCAUGGUUACUUCUGCGAGGUGAUGUUUACUGCAGCCUGGGAGUUUGUGGUCAACUGCAACUGGAAGUUCCCUGGCGUGACAAGUGUAUGGGCGCUCUUCAUCUAUGGCACCUGCAUCCUCAUUGUGGAGCAGAUGUACCUAAAGCUGCGCGGUCGCUGCCCCGUGCUGCUGCGCUGCAUCAUCUACACUUUAUGGACCUACCUGUGGGAGUUUGGUACGGGGCUGCUGCUGCGCCAAUUCAACGCCUGCCCUUGGGACUACUCUGAGUUCCGCUACAACUUCAUGGGACUGAUCACGGCUGAGUACGCAGUGCCCUGGUUCUGCGCAUCCUUCAUUGUGGAGCGCCUCGUCAUCCGCAAAACGCUGAGGCUGCGCUUUCAUGAAGGGCCCGAGGAUGGUUGGUCAAACCAUCAAUCUGAUGCUGGGAGUGGCCGAGGGAAUGGAGGAACUGUGGGGGGUGGGAGAAGGAGAGAGAGGAGCAGAGGGAUGGGAAAUAAUUCUAAUGGCUACCUUAAAGCAGAAUGAAUCACGGAAUUGACAGAAUGACACAAUCCAAACCAGCCCAAUCCGACCCUCCUUUUCAUAAGCAGUCCUACCCCUCAGCUGUGUGAGAUGAAGACACACAGCUGUGCAGACUGGGCUGGUAUGCAGACAGCCAGACAACAAACACCUAACUGGGGCUUUAAAUGCCCAAAUCACACACUGUUAACACAGGAGUACCGUUAACUACAUGCUGCUGUGUUUGCUGCAUUUCAUAACGCACCACCCAUUUCCAUGUCGGCUUGACCUUAAGGAGAUCAGGGCUCUCUCUCCUGUCCCACAGUGUUUGGGUAAAAGAACUACUGUUGCAAAGAGUAUGUGUGAUUAUCCCGUGGAGGAAUUAAUUCACAAACAAAUACAUUAUUAAUAUUUUUCAGGGGCACAUCAGUCUAUAUUAAAGCAGAAUGCUUGCUGUGUAGAAAUCAUAGUAAAAAGUAGCUUGGUUGUGAAAUGUCCUUUUUAAAAUGUACAUAUUGUCCUUUAGUAUUAUUCAAAGUACUGUAGUAAUGUAGCUACAAAAGGAUCCUUAAAGGUACUGUAUACCAGCAUUUUAUUUUGAAAGGUCAUUCACAGCUAAAAAUAAGGAGCUUUUGCGUGUGACAGGACACCGCCUGCUGGUAUCAAUACACAAUAUAGUGCUUGCCUGAUUGAGCUGGUUAGCAGUGACUGAACUUUCAAAAUAAAAUACUUGUAUUCCACACCUUUGAGAGUAUACCAUCCACCCAGGAAGCAAUGCGCCAUCUGUCAGCUUACGUCACGACGAAUGUUUCUCUGCAGUUAGAGAAUACCCACAAUGCCUAAAAAACAAAAAACAAAAACAAUGCAUGAAAAAAUUGUCUUCCAAUAUAAUGUGACAUUUUUUUUACAGAGCUCAUUCAGCAGCCAUACUGUGUGUCUCCACAAUCAGUCUGCUGCUUGUGUGUUAAUGACAGUAGCUCAGAAGGUGGAGCUGGUCCACCAGCUAUCAGGGUUGAUUGCCUGUUGUCUCCUGACUGCAUGAUGAAGUGUCCUUGAGUGAGACGUUGAUACCCAAACUGCUCCCGUUGAGCAAGUCAUGGCCUUGCAUGGCAGCUUCUCCGCCACUGUGUGUGACUGUAGGUGUCUGCAAGCUUAUAUGAUGGCUUAAAUGCAGGGACGCCUUUCUGCUGUCAUGGUUACGAGUCACGACCAUCAGCAUAAAGCACAAAGCUUCUUGGUAAUGUGCUGUUCAAAAACGUGCACACGGCUCGCUGUCUGCAUUUUGUUUGCUUUAAUGUUGUCGAGGCAACACAUGCCUCAUGUAUGUAUGUAAUUGUCAUUCACUGGAACACAAUACUCCUUCCUGUCCAGUUACAGUGCACACGUAUGAAUAUGUUUGCUGAAUAAGUGAAGCCUGCGAACGGAGAAUCUCAUGGAUGGAUUUUUAUUUACAAAGAGUCAUCAAAUUAUUGGUCUUUAGGUUUCCAUUUCUGUCCCCGUUGUUUUUGUUGCCGACUUAAGUGAAGGAGAGGAAGUGCACAGCAGAAUUUGUUAAUAAUUUACUGAAGAAACACUCACUUUUCAGCUAAAAUGGAAUUAGUUGCUCAUGUGUUUUAUAAAUUCAUGAUGUGUAAUUUGACCUCUUUGGUAUUACGCUGGAUGUUUCCACGUGAGGCAGAGUGCAUCAGUGGAGCCGUAUUAUCAGCGCAACUAGGUUAAAAUGCUCAAAACUCUGACACUUUUUAACAUUCAUGUCUUAAAAGCAGGUAACCCACACAGAAUAAUGGUAGAAUUAGAGGUAGAAGGAUCAAGAAGUGCAUACACUUGCCUACAUAUGCAGGAAGCGAUGGCAUUCUUUCUAUGUGGUGCUAACUGUUUAAAUGUAAAAGAGGUAAGACACUUCACUUUGAUUUCAAUGUACUGGAGGACUGAUAGCAUAUACUGAUAGCAUGUCAUAUAGAAUGUGAUUGCUGAAAAGUAUAUGUUCUACAGAAAAGACACACUGUGCUUGAUCAACUUAAACUUGAGCAGUUAUUAGAAACUGAUGGACUCUGUAAAACGGUGACCUUCAUCUGUGUUGCGUCACUGAAAUGCAGUGGCUUCCCUUCACUGUCUCUCUAAGCUGGGAUGAAGUGCUGCCACCCGGUGGAUACACUGAAAACAACUUUUAUUAUGCUACAAUGGAAACUAUAAUGUGUAAAGAAAAACUUGUGAAAAAAACAAAAAACAUGUUGUGGUUUUAACCCCAUGGCAUUUUUAUCUAACUUUAACACGUUUAUUUCAUAUGUGACUCAAAAGGCUUAAAAGCAAUAUAAUCUAUGCCCCAGCUAUGUUUAACUUCUCUUUAAAAUCCAAUGAACUACAAUAUGGUAUGCAGCUAAUUAGUACUACUGCUUUAACGGAAGAAAUUACAAAAAAUGCAAGUGUAUUCUCUGCAAUAUGUGAAUGAAGGCGUGCUGAGUGUGCAUAGGGUGUUGUACAGAGACACUGUCUCUGUGUGUGCAUGUAAAGUGUGUUAAAGUUGAUACUCUGGUAUUUUUACCUCCAGUGUGCAUGUGCAAGUGCAAAAAUUAUCUCGUCAAACUCAGAUUUUAACCUGCUGAUUAUUAGCCCCCCAUGCACUGCAACAGUUGCUUUAAAGAAACAAACAAAAAAAAAAAGAGAAAUGUACAGGUUUUUAGUGAAAUCACUGUACUGUAUAUCAAUCAUUUUGUUUUUUGUUCAUGUAUGAUUUAUCAGUUGCUGGGAUUAAAUA